CGUAUAUUAUUCGUUUUUGAUAUAAAAAAAAUGUAAUUUUUGCUACAUUUGAUAGUCAAUUAGUAUUGCUAUAAAAGCAACUAAAGAAGUGCUAAAAGAAAAAGUGUUUUCGACGAUCGGUUAUUCUGUUGUGUUAGUUCGAUGUUGCUCCCGAAUGUAGUGUUUAUUACUGUUAACGCCUCGGAAAAUGUUAACAUUGCUGAGCGAACUGCGAUUCUGGUCCACCAAGGAGGACAUCAUCAUCAAGGACAGUGAUCUUGGAGCAACCAAGUACUUGGAAAAAAGAUCGGAAAAUGCUAAAUCGACGUAUUCGGAUGGCAAAAAGUUGUACUUUGAAUCACGAGGGUUUAAGUUAAACGUAGAUAACAAAAAGCCAAACAAGCUUCGAAAUGCAUUGCGGAUGCUGGAGGAAGAAUUGCGACAAAAGAGGAUUGUCUUCUGCAAGUGGAAAAACAACAUUAUACUGCAGAUAAUGUUGUGUAACGGCUUACUAAUACACGUAUUAAUCAAUCCUUUCAAUGGAAAUAUCGGUCGGAUUUAUUUCGAUAAAUAUUUUAUCGGUAAACUUAUCUCGGAGCAGAUCACUGAUGUUGUCAUUACUCAGACACAUAUACUUAUUUCGUAUAAUGAGAAUCAGAUCACUUUUGUGCAUCUGCAGAAACCAACACCGAAGAAAAACAGCCUUGAAAAAAUUGGUCUGAUGGAUCCAAAGAUUUACAACGUCAUUAUAGGAGGACCAACGACUAGGAAAAUCCCCAAGCACCUUGUAUGUAGUAGCUCUCAAGAUCUAGUUAUUGUAUGGACUAAAUCCUCCCAAAAUGAGGUAUACCCAUGGCGACCAACAGUUAAGGAUCAGGAUCGAGCCAACCUACACGUGUACAAAUUGAGCGGAUCUAAAAUGGAAUUGCUAUGUUAUUAUUGGACAGAAUAUGAUCCAGUUUCAGUGGACUUUUCGCUAAUGAACGGAUUUCAAGUUCAUUCUGUUGAGCAGAAAGUUUCCAAAAAGGGUGAUGUCACUAUUGAUAGUUGUAUAUAUCAAAUCCACAAAACUAAAAUGCGGCGCGUAGCUGUGACUUCGAUUCCUUUGCAAACGCAAGUCUGCUGCAACGCAUUCAGUCCUGAUCAUGAAAAGUUAAUGCUAGGCUGCAUCGACGGUUCGGUUGUUCUUUUCGAUGAAGGCCGAGGCAUCACACAUCUAGUAAAGGCAGCAUUCAUUCCCAUGUUUAUCUCAUGGCAUAGCGAUUCGUCGGUUGUGAUGAUCGCCAACGAAAAAGGUCAAUUCCAGUGUUUCGACAUUGCAUUGUCCUGUAUCCGGGCUCAGCUGGCCAGCGAAGAUGUUGUACCAUCGAGCAUGCUGGAUCUGUCGAAUUAUUUCUCCCAUCCGUCCAAUCUUGCCAAACUAUGUUGGAGCAGAAAACCGGAUAUUACAGAGCACUGCGAAAAGUAUGCCGUUACGGAUUCAUUUCUGUUGCUUGCAUUUGAGAAUGGUCCUAUCGGGUGCUUGCGAUUUAUCGGCAGUGCUGGGCUAAAGGGUGAUGUUCAUACAUCCGGUUUGACAGCGGAUGUGCUGAUCCACAAAUAUAUAUCAUUAAACCAGGUGGAAAAGGCAAUCAACAUUUUACUAAGUCUCAACUGGGACACGUACGGAGCCAUGUGCCUUCUAUCGUUACACCGUAUAGCGAACUUUAUUUUCAAGCAAACGCUAAGCACAGAAAGAGAAUUGCAGCUGCAAAAGGCCCUUGGCAGCUUUCUGGUACCUGUGAAACCUUUAUGUUAUGAGACUGAAGUGGAAUUUGGCGAUCAAGUCAAUGAUAUAACCUUACGUUUCUUCCACUAUUUGCUGCGCAACAAAUCAUAUAAUAAGGCAUAUCAGUUAGCAAUCGAUAUCAACGAUGCAGAUUUGUUCCUCAAAUUGCAUGAUAAAGCUAAAGCAGAUGGAGACCUAGAGCUAGCAAAAGAAGCACUAAAAAAAGUUGACGAUAUAAACCGGAUAUGCACCGAUCGCAGCGAUAGUGAGCAUUCGUUGUGUUCGCAUUCUUCCUGCUCAUUAUGUGCAGAUAGUUUCGAUGACGAUGAAGACAACGAGGAAGGUGACGAGGAAUCGGGACAAGAGAUUCUACAGAUGCCUCCCCGUGCUGCUAAAUUAACCACUCAAGAUGCAACGAGCUUCAAAUCUUGUUCUACGUCUUCCAGCUCCUCAAAGUCAUCGCAAAUUCGAAACGGCAGCCCGAAGCAUCCGCCUCUACCUAAAACAACUGAGAGUUGUAGUAGUAGUAGCACUACAACGAGGACAUCUACCGCCAAGAUCCGCACAAAAGCAGAAUUCAGUAAUGAUCGACCGCCUUUGCCGUAUGUACCUAAAAAGAAUCCAACAACAGUAAUGCAGCGCAGCCAAACUGCAACAGCUUUAAAAUUAUCCAAGCAGCAACAGUCUAAGGUUAGCCAGACAAAGCUAAAAGGAAAAUCUUUUAGCUCUAGCAAUCUACUUUCAAUUGGAGAUAAUACAUCUCCAUAUUUCGGAUCUCCCGUCCAACGCGGAAAUGUUCGAAGUCGUUUGAAUCCUCGCGAGAAAGCUGCCAGGAUGUAUUCAUCAGCAGUUGGCAGUCUGUCUAUGGAACAACUUGAUAUAUCUUCUCGAAACCCGCGACAACCCUUUUUCGUAGACUUUGUGGAUAAUCCAGCGGCAACUAGACCCCCUCCUAAUGGACAACAUGUAGUGAUAGAUGUGAUACCCAAGCCCCUAGGAUCACUUCCUUCUCCGAAUGUUUUAAAAUGUCCACCAACUAACAUACUUGAUCAAACCAUUGGAAUCCCUAUAAUGCAAGAUGAACCAGAUUUAGCGCGACGCCCCAGAAAGCAGUGGUUUACCUCGCAGACGCAACCACAGUUCAGAAGCAUUCCAUCGAAUAGUUCUAGUGCAAAUGCUAAUGCUCCUCGCACUGUGAUUCAUCAAUACCCGCUGAUAUCUGGCAAUAUACCGUCUAAAUCACAGUCCAAGUUUCACCAUCAGCAACAGCAAUUGGACAUUAUCGAUCGUACCCGAUACCCGACACGACGAAAGGAACCACUUGUCACGGCUUCGAUUCUCUCCAACAGUACAAAUUCUUCAUUAUCUAUUAUGCCGGGAACAUCAUCAGGCAAUUUCCUCCAACAGCAUCAACAAAUGGGAGGAAACUCAUUUGUUUCAGCACGUAAAGAGAGUGGUGAAAAAAAUAAGGUAAAAUUUUCUGACACCGUAACAGUAGCCGUAGUGCCGGAAAUUCCGCGAAAAGACAAGCUAGCUGAAAAAGUCCGCAAAUCACCAUCGUACAAUCCGUUAAUAGCAGACCCACGACGGGAACUAGCCGAAAGCUUACCUUUGUGCCAUCCAAACGAUGACUAUCUCAAAGAUUUUACUCCUAUGCAAGAUAUCAUCGGCAAUAGUAACGAGCAGGAAAAUAAUGAGGAUCCCAAAAAGAUUCCCAACAUCAAAGUGGUUCACUUUGGUGUUGUAUAGAUAGUCGCGGUUAGCUACCACGUAGUGAUAAUAAGUGAAAAUGUUAAAGAUUCACCGUAUUCCGUAUCCGUCCAGUGAAUUCUGAUCAGUAUUUUAAAUGUUAAUACUUUCUGUUGAAUAUUCUUUUUGUAGAUAUACAUCAACCGUACUGUUUACUUAAGCAACUAUAUUUUGUAUAUUUAUUAU